UGCUAAGUGGUGUAGCUACCUAGCUAUCUUUUAUAGGUAACUGGUGAGUGACUGCGAUUGGUGAGCGAUGAACCAGGAUGGUUUAGCAUUCAGGUUUAGCUCGUUAGCUCGUUAGCUGGGCGGAAGUGGAAGCAGCAGCACCUCGUUACCAAAGCCAGCUGUGAAGAAUAUAAUAUAUGCGCUAGAUCUGGUCGCUUAAAAAAAAAAACAAUAAGAAACCAUUUAUGUUUGAUCUGAAAAUGUGUGUUUGUCUGGGGAAUGGGUGGUGUGGCAGGCAUAGACCGACUUGACCUCUGAACCGUAUCGAACCGUAUCGCGUUGACAUGGUUCGGUUGACGAAGAUGGCCCCUACCAAGAUGAAACUGCGUGUCCGACGGCGGGAGAGCGGAGGAGGCGGUCAGGAACAGGAAGAAACCUCUAAGACCUCCUCUCAGUCGGUUUCGGCCGAGGCGUCUCCUGACUCUAAAUGCCCAAUCUGUCUGGACCGUUUCAACAACAUGUCUUACCUGGACAGGUGUCUCCAUCGCUUCUGCUUCCAGUGCAUACAGGAGUGGAGCAACAACAAGGUGGAAUGUCCUCUGUGUAAACAGCCGUUCUCCUCCAUCCUUCACUCGAUCAAGGCCCAGGACAACUUUAAAGAGUUUACUCUCAGGCCACCUCCUGUUACAGGGGAGAACGGGACCGCAAUGAUCGCAGCUGCCGAAGCAGCCGCCGCUGCCCUGGUGACCGCCAGGGUCGGUGGUAGUCAUGGAGAACGAAGGAGGACGAGGAGAAGAGGAGGGGGGCAGGGGAGAGGAGGGAGAGAGAGGAGACAGUCAGGACGACUGUGGAGAGGGAGGGGCCUCUCUUCUGCUCCUCCUCUCCCUCCUCUUCAUCCCCCUCUUCUACCCAGGCCCGAGGAUGGAGGAAUGAGAGGAGAGAUGGAUGGAGAGGACCCGGGGGUCAUCUUUGAUGGGCUGACUGGCGUGUCCGCCCCCCCACCUCACGAUCGAGGGGUGCAGCGUCUCAUGGUACGUCUGGCUGCUAGGCGACGGUCCCAGAGAGAGGGGCGCUCCGUAAGACUGCUCCGACCGCGGGAGAUGCUCUCCUUCCGCCGGGCGCUCUACCGCAGUGGCGUACGUGUCAGGAACGCCCGCGGCGGCUGCGAGAGGCCCCGUGACAUCACUGCUGCGUUCUACCAGCGGAACCCGGUUGCUCUCCAUAGACUCCUCCCCUGGUUACAGCGGGAGCUGACGGUGUUGUACGGCGCCCACGGCUCAUUGGUCAACAUCGUCCAACGCAUCAUCACCUCGCGAAUCGCACGUCACGACAUGGAGGGAGGGGGUGGGGCCAUCCAGGACGAACUCCGUCCCUUCCUGCUGGCGAGGACUGAUCACUUCCUUCACGAGCUUAUCAGUUUUGCACGUUCCCCUCUCAGUAUGGAAGUGUACGACCAGCUGUCCAUCUACGACCCUCCAGCGCCGUCCUACGAGGACAGGAUGACGUCAUCAUCUAGCGACACUGACGACUCUGUCAUCGCCAUUUCGGAUGAAGAGGAAGAGGAAGGAGGGUCGGAGGGAGAACGAGAGAGACGGCCGGUGUCGGUAGCAGGAAGUAGCGCUCUGAGCCAAUCCGCUUGGGACGAUGAAACACCAGGACCCUCCUACUCUACCGCUGAGCCGUCCCAAUCCCCCAUGCCGCUCUCGAUCAGCCCAGGGGGGAGGGACUCUGGUCCAGCGGGGGCUAAUCAGAAUCCUGCUCUGGACAUGACAGCGGCAGGGAAUGGAGAGAGGGUUGAGGAGGGAGGAGAGGAAGAGGAAGAGGAGGAGGAACAAUGUAUGAUAGUAGGGUUUGUUAAAGCCAUGGCUGAGAGAACUCCUGAACUGGUCCAACUCUCCUCGGACCCCUCAGACGAAGAGGGGGAGAAACAGGAGACGAAAGAGACUGUUCCCCAAACAGUGUUAACCCCUCUCUCUCUCGUUGUCCCUCCCCUCUCCAUUCCAGUUCCCCCCAUGUCUCUGUUUAUAAACACCAGCACAGAAAGACCGGGAGGAGGGGGGGAGAGACAGGGAGGAGGGGGGGAAAGACUUGGAGGAGGGGGGGAAAGAGGACUGGGAGUAAGACAUCUAGACAGAGAGAGAGAGCAGGUAGAAGAGAGACUCCUCUAUUGCCCUCUAGGGGAGAGAAGGGAGGGCAGACACCGAGAGCGGUCGUGUUCAGGAUCGCGGUCCAGAAGCAGACAUCGGUCAGCGAGCGCUUGGUCGCGGUCCAGGAGUUCUGAACGGAGCUGGUCAGCACGGAGCCCCGUGUCUGUACGGAGCGACGACAGCAGCCAGGAACGGCGCCGGAAGAGACGGGCGAGAGAGCGGGAGAAAAGGAGACAGGAGAAAGGAAGAGGAAGAGGCUCCCACGACAGAGGCUCCCACGACAGAGGCUCCCACGACAGAGGCUCCCACGACAGAGGCUCCCACGACAGAGGCUCCCAUAGACAACACAGCAGAGAGCACAGGAGAGAGACCAGUGGAGGAAGUGAGAGGAGCAGAGGUAGAGAGAGAGAAAGGAUUCCAUAUGAACCAGCCAGGUCCCAAUAUUCUAACACAGGAAUAUUCUGUAGUCCGGAAAACAGCGUCCUAUCCCAUUCCCCGUCCUUAUCCCGGAGUAGCCAGCGAGGACCAGAAUCUCCUGGGGAACACCGGCAUUCCCGGUCCUCUGACAGCCUCUCUUCCUCCAGCUCCCUGUCCCAUCUCUCUGCACACAGACAGCAUUCCCGACAUUCCCCACGCUCCGACAAGCCGGGAGGGAAGAGGAAAUAUAAGACACGGCAUCUGGAAGACCCUUCCUGGGAGCCAUCCAGCUCUGCACGGAGAGAGAGGGGGCGAGGGGGGGAGCGAGAGAGGGGGCGAGGGGGGACAGAGGCCACCGCUAGCCCCCGGAAGAGCAGAGGCAGUCUGGAAGACCCUUCCUGGGAGCCAUCCAGCUCUGCACGGAGAGAGAGGGGGCGAGGGGGGGAGCGAGAGAGGGGGCGAGGGGGGACAGAGGCCACCGCUAGCCCCCGGAAGAGCAGAGGCAGUCUGGAAGACCCUUCCUGGGAGCCAUCCAGCUCUGCACGG